AGACAGUCAGGUUAUGCUCUACACCGGUAGCCAUGUAGUUAUACUACAUGGAUUGUGACAAAAAAAACUAUAUCAACUUUUGCGGUCGUUCUUCCUGACACAUCAAAGGGGCCAAAUAAAGCAGAGGCGCUGAAGGCCAGUGAGCCCACAUCCAGUAUACAGGCCAUGGCUGGGGGGGACCUGCUGCCAAGGAUGAAGCGGUCGUGGCUGUGGCUGCUGUUCAUCUCCGUCUUCCUCCUAGCCUUCUGCUUCCUCAUGUACAAUCCCACCCUCAACUCUGAUUACGACCUGCAGGCCCUCUGUCCCGCCCUGUCACCCACACACUCCAGCGCCACAAUAAUCUCCAGACGCGUCCCGAAGCCCUGCUCAUGCAAUGUGAGUCUGCUGAAGGACUUCUUCAAGAAUGACGACGCCAUCAGCAGGAGACGGCAGGAGGAGUACAGGAAGCACAAGACAAGAGUGUCCUCCCCCUUGGACCUCAUCCUUGUGGCUCCAGCCAACUCUCCUCUUCAAUAUCCAAUACAGGGAUUCAACGUUGUGCCUCUUAAAGACACUCCAAUCCCGGGUCUAGGUGUCUUCACAACAGAAAGAGACAUCUACAAGGUCUCGCUGGAGGUUUCUCGAGGUGUGUUGUCGGUGAGACCGUUGGAGGGCGGCCUGAUAGAGGGCGAUGGAAGUGGCCGCAUCAACAUCACUGCUCUCGCCGCAGACAAACUCAACGACAUCCUCAGCAGAGUGUACUACGCAAGCACUGUGUACCGCAUCCGGACCGGAGACCUCGUCCACUUCACCUUUGAGAAUCACAAAGUCACCUUUCCUGUGGUCAUCGAACAACCCUCUACGCCCAUAAUAUUUGAUCCAGGAGAGGAGUUCUUUGUGGACGCGUUGGGGAGACUCCUGAUAGCGUCAUGCAAUCACGUCAUUGUGGACCACCAGACGAAGAGGCCAGGGAACGAGCAGUACCACUUCUUCAGGAAGCAAACCGAAAACGACAUCAACAGAGAACUCUAUUACUUCAAGAACCACUUUAACUGCAUCAACCUGAGGGCUGACUGA